GCUACCUACAGCUCCCAAAAAAAUCGAGCCAAAUUACUUAUGUCAAUUUGAUUCACAAUUGACGGACUAUAAUGUACAAAAGUGAUAGAUUGAUAAUUGAUGUAAAAUUGCAAAUGAACAAAAUGAAUCUAUUUAUUUAUAGGAUAGGAAUCAUAGGAUUUGCAUUUAAGCAAUUUUAUUACUGUAUAUACUGUUUGAGCCUUUGAGGUUCCCGAGUCAAUCAAAUACAGGCAUCUCAUACAUGCGCGGAUGCGCCUUAUAAUUUCGCAUCAAGUUUAGGGAAUCCCCUUUUAUGGCCGCUUCCAAAUUGCUGGCUGGCUCCAUUGCACUUAUAUUAGUUUCUCUCUUUGCUUCGUCGGCCAUUGGAGUUUGUUUCCUGAGGAGAAAAAGGAGGCUGGGUCUUGAGGAUAAACUCCGAGAGCUUGAACAGGCUCUGAAAACAGCCUUAGAAAACUGUGCUUCUGAAAGGCGGGGCCGCAUUCGAGCUCAGCAGGCAUUGAGGGAAGAUCUGGCCAAAGUUUGUUCUCAUGAUUCAGACUUUUACUCAUAUCCUAUGACACCUAUUGCUACUGUUCAAUCAUGCUUCUCUACAAGAAAUGGAACUCCAAGACAACCUCUAUUAGUACCCCUUGCUAGAGCACGCCUAUUGUUUAAUCUAACCCGGGUUCCACCAGCUUCUCUUGAGGGUCUUGAAGGUUAUUCACAUUGCUGGAUUAUUUAUGUGUUUCAUCAAAAUACAGAUCUAGAGAAGUUAUGGAAGAACCCUUCACGCUCGAAGUUCAAGGCAAAGGUAAGAGUGCCAAGGUUGAAAGGUGGGAGGAUGGGAGUCUUUGCAACCAGAUCUCCACAUCGUCCAUGCCCCAUUGGGCUAACAGUUGCAAAGGUGGAGUCAGUGUGUGGGGGUGCUGUUAUUCUUUCUGGGAUCGACCUGGUUGAUGGCACUCCUGUUCUCGAUGUCAAGCCCUAUCUUCCAUACUGUGACAGCAUUGUUGGGGCUACAUUGCCUGAUUGGGUAAAGGGGGAUGAGCUGUUGGCUGUAUCUUCCAUUAGCUUUUCGGAGGACUUCUCUAGUAGCCUGAGUGCUUGUUGGCCAAUAAUGGAAAAGAAGUCACUUUAUAGUUCAAGUCAUGAAUUCCAAUGCUUGAUAAGACAAGUGCUUUCAUGGGAUAUACGCUCGGUCUCUCAAAGAAUCCGACCUCAUAUUUCUGCAGUGAGGCCCGACAAUGGCAUUGGGGAUGAGCACAAUCAGGAUCUGGAGAACUCCGCUGAUCUAACAAUGUCAGAAGAAAAGAAUGAAGAUGUGAACAGUACUAGUAGUGAUAGUAUGUAUCACCUUAUUUUGGAGGGCUUGGACAUUUCAUACAGAAUUGACUGCAGUGGCAAUGUUCUUGUUGAGAAAGUAAACCUCUCCCCUUGCUCUAAAUCUGGUAAUGCAGUUGCUAAAGUUUUGUAAUCAGAAAUUACUUGGGGUCUAACGCAGCUGCAAUACCAGGGUUGAAAUAGUAAUUUCUCUCCAAUUUUUCGCAAUGACGACUAACAACUUUCAUACAAGCUAAUGUUGAUUUAUCCCUGCCUUGCAUGUUGCCGCUUCAAUUAAUUCUU